UCCGUCGGCCUUAGUUUUCCGUGAAAGAAUUUCAAAUGCCGGUUCAAGCGUUCCGGCCUCAGCCACGCUGAGGGGUUUCUAUGGCGACGGGCUUACUGGUGGUUGUUGUUGUUUUCCAGCAGCCAGGACAUAUCGGGGGACUCGGGACCCACAGCGAGGUUGAUUUUGAGUUGGGUCAGGAUGAGACGGCUUCAGAGUCUAAUGCUGCUAAUCUUGUGAAAAUGGAACCCUUUGAAGAAACAGCAGCUUCAACAACAACAAAUGAGCAUGAGGAUUUGGGACCUCAAGAGGAACCAGAACAUUUUAAUCUCCUCCUGAGGGCUGCUUUAAGGGGUGAUAUUGAAGAAGUACAACAGAUAUUUGAGGACUCGGAGGAUCCUGAUCAUGAAAAAGCCAAUAAGUUUUUAAUGGAAAAGGAUAUUCUAGGGAGAAACCUACUAUUUACAACUUGUAUGGUUGGUCAGAAUGACGUUAUCCAAUCCCUGGCAAAAUAUGGAGUUGACCUGAAGGAUAAGACAGUCAGAGGUUAUACACUUCUUCAUAGUGCUGCAGCCUGGGGUCAGUUAAACACACUGAAAAGUCUGGUAGAGCUGGAAGCUGAUAUUUAUGCAACUACAUUCCGGGGUGAAAAUGCUAGAGAAAUUGCAAAUCGAUAUAAGCAAACAGAGUGUGUUGAAUUCUUGGAUUGGGCAGAGGCCAAGCAGAAUUUACGCAAUUUUAUUUUCCAAAUCCAGGCAACAAUCACUGAUCCUGAGAAAGUUCAGGGAAAGCUGAAUAAAGAAGAUAAGUCAACUUCCAUCAAGGCCUGUCAGGCCAAGUUGGACUGGCUUGAAAAUACAAAAGAGCCUAAUACACAAGAAUUUAUUGAUCAGAAGCAACAGUUGGAAGACAUAAUGCUUCCUAUCUUCACAAAAUUGGCUGCACCACGUGGACAAGACUUUGUUGUCAGCAAAAAAACCUGAAUGAUUUUUGGUAAGUGAAAUUUUGAUCUAUAUGUAGGUUAUAGAGCACAUCUGGCCAAAUUUUUUAAAAAAAUGGAAGAGACAAUCAGGAAAUCCCUGGACAGACUAGACUGGGAAAUAAAAAACACUUCCUGGAAUAAGAUCAUGUCAAACAAUUUCUGUACUAUUGUAGGUAGUCCUCAACUUACAACUUUAACAGAGGCUGCUCAUUACAAUCAGAAGUUGUAAUGACCAUAAAGUGGGUCAUCACCUAACUGACCCGAUUUUAUGACCAUUUUUUUGCAAUGGUCAUUAAACAAAUCACAGUGGUUAAGUGAAUCUACAGUAGUUAAGCAUGUCAUGGUCGUUAAGUGAAACAAUUGUUCUCUAUGGGGCAUUUUGCUGAAAACUGGAAGCAAACACAGGUUUUCAGCAAAGUUGUAAAUUGUGGUUACAUGACCACGGGGUGCUGGAAAUGGCCAUAAAUAUGGGCUGGCUGCCAAGUGUCCAAAAUAUGUUCAUGCGAUCAUGUGGGGAGGGGCUGGCCAUCAAAACUGGAUCAUAAGUAUAUUUUAGGAGGUCAAUUGUAACUUUGAAAAGUGGCUAAAUGACUGGUUUCAAGUCAAGGAGUAGUAUUACAUGGGCUCCCUACAUUCAGCAGGAACCAAACUUAAUCCAAGAAGUUACUUUACAUGCUUCCAUGAAUUCUUCUCAAAUGUCCCAUUAUCUAAAGUGCAAAGUUGAAUCCAAUGGCUGAAGCACAAUAUAAAGAAUCAUAUAUUAAUUUGUCUUCUAAAUGUACUAAGAGGAUGUGCACAAAGUAAUUCAUAUAAAAGAUAGAGUAGGUAGAGUACCUACAAAAGAUAGAGUAGGCAGUAGCAGAUAUGACAAAAUAAAUAUGCUUUUAUGUGUUUUGGGGAAGGGAAACAAGCAAAACCAGUUAUCAUGGAUGAUGCUACUGAUCAUUUUUGCUUUUUCUCAUUUAAUAAUUUAUCUGCACUUUAUAAACUUUAAGAUGUCAUUUUAAUUAAAUAACAGUUUUUUGAAUGCUUUUUAUGCAUAAGAUUUUAACUGAAAGUCCAAUUAAUUUACAUGUAUAAUUCAUUGAUCUGCAGCUACAGCUUUAUAAAGUCAAAUUUGCAUGUUACUAUUUUGUGCAUAUAAAAUCAAUGAUUUCUUUCUAAAUUUUAGCAUCUUUUUAAAAAAAUCAUAUAUAUAUAUAUAUAUACAUAUACAUAUAUAUAUAUAUAUAAUUAAGUAAUUUCACCCAACACAGGGAACAUCUUGAGAUUCCUUUGAACAGUCAACCUACUCACUUACCCACUAUGUAUUAAAAAAAGAAAAGCAAUUUUUAUUUUCCAUUUUUAGAAAUCAGAGUGGACUUUUUAUUUUAGAAUGUUUCAUACACUGUUUUCAAGCAGUGCAUAGGCAUUGUUUGCUUGUGCUCUCUAGAAAAGGAAUUGUUUUUCAACUAUCUGGAAAAACAGCUGAAGAAUAAUUUUAAAAAAUAUGUAAACAGCAGAACAAUAGUGUCAUCUGUUACUAAAUACUUUCAAUAGAUCUAAUAAAAGUUUUACACUGCUGCUCUUUAGUUAUUUAUUAUUUUGUAUAUACAAAAUUAGUUGUUUCUGUAGAAGCACUUAUUUCCAUUUUUAAAGAAAGAUAAUAAUAUGUACAAGAUUAUAUAACUUGUUCUAAAUAACUAAAGAAUGGAAUAGUUAAAUAUGCAUAAUGAAAUGCAUUCUUAAGUUGAAUUUGGUCUGCGUUUCAAGCUUAAAGAGUUUUGAAAGUAUUAAAAAGUGUGUUGGCUUUGGAAGCCAUACUAGGCCGAAAGCUUCCGCACUGCCACUUUCCCAUGUGUGGGAAAAUAGGAGGGGGGAUUUGGUAGAAGGGGCCAUUAGACAUAAUAACAUUCUUCCUGCCGGUCAAGGUCAGGCCAGGACUGCAUCUGGAGAAGGAGUGGUCAGAGUAAUGUCUCGAGAUGGGACAGUUGGCGAUUGGAGCGUGUUUCACUGAGGGAAGACCCGGAUCUCCCAGAAUCGGAUUUCCCCAGUUGUGCCAGUUUACUUAUGCUAGUAAAAGAACUUUGAAAAAUGCCUGCUUCGGAGUCUUUACUUGGGGAGGGGGGUUUCUGUAACGCUGACAAAGUGCACCUCUGCAUGAAAUGUUUAGCAAAUACUAACACUGACAUGUGUUUAUAUUCUAAAGAGGCUGUCCUUUCCAUAUAUUUUCAGUGCAACAAACUGUCCUAUCAUGGUGGUACUACAAAAGAUUUAGCAUCACAUGUUUAAAUAGCACAUGUGGCAAUUUUGCUAUGCAAUUUUUUUCAUUUGCUGGUUUAGUCAUAUCCAAACUAACUUUUUUUAAAUCUGUCAUGUAUUAGAGCACGGGAAAGGGUAAUUAUAAAUUCAUGAACCUCAUGAAAUUCAUUUAUUUUGACACAUUUCUUAUAAUAAGGCCUGCAAAAUAGAAGUCACUAUGAUUGAGUGCUGCAAAUGGUAAGGCAGAAAGCCACAUUUUCAGGUUGGAUACAACCCUGUUAUAUAAUACUAACUAGGUAUCUCCAAUCUUUGAGUGAGAAGAGAAUGAUCAAAUUUUUGUUCACUCAAAAGCCCUGGAAUUUAAACCCUAAUACCAACUUUUCUGUAGUGCUCAAUCUCUCUAUAUUUUUAAUGGCUUUUUAUCUUGUCUACAGGAAAUCAACUCAUCAAGCAUAGGUGUCUCCAAACUCCUCCUGUAAUCUAGUUCCUGAACACUGGCUUCAAGUUACGAUAACCGAGAUUUAUUGUUGUUCCGGUUGUAAAAACUGACGUCAGAUGUGAAUAUAUCAGCAUAAAAUUAAACCCAUUAUUCUGUAAAGAGAGUAACUAUCAAAACAGUCUUAAUACUUUUUAUUAUAUAUAUAUUUUGAUACAUACAAACUACUGUCUUUACUGUUUGUUUUGUUUUUGAUUUUCUCUUCUUACACUUUUUUAAAAUUGCUUUAUUGAUAAGCAUGCUUAAACCUGUUAAGCCAGCCUUAUAAUGUGUUCACACCUGAACUAUGAUACAAUUAUAAGGAUGAUAGGAAUUAUACCAUAUUUCCCCAAAAAUAACUCUCUUAUAUUUUUUUGAACCCCGAAAUAAGGGCUUGGCCUUAUUAUCAGGGGCGUCUUAUUAUUUUGGGGUUGCAGGAGGCAGCGAACGUGGCCACCUUAUGGCCGCUGCCCUUGCGCUGCUGUGGCAGCGCAACAUAGCUGCUCGUCAGCUGUUAGCUGGGGCAAACAAAGGUGGGAAUCUCCCCAGUGUUCUUGGUACUCAGCCAUCCCUCAUCCAUCCAUCCAUCCCCCUUGCCUGCAAACUCCCACCCGCUCCCAUCUGCAGACAAUGACAAGACACACGACAGAGCUGCAAGGCAGUUAAGACGGCUCCAUGCACCCCAAUGAUACCGUAAUAGCAGCCUGGCUGCUGCCCUUCCCUGCUGUCUCUUUGUUGGGGGGGGCAGGUAGGGUGGGGGAGAAGCAAGAUGCAUGGAGUGUGAUGGGGCUCCUUUUGCCGUCUCCUCUCCCCCUUUUGCUGGGCAUGGCAGGGCUUCCUGUCCCUGCCAAAAUUGGAUGAAAUUUGGGGGAGGCAGGUGGGAAGAGGUGGGGCCGGACAGACACGAGACAUGUGUCUUACCUGCCUUGCAGCUCUGUCAUGUGUCUCGCCAUUGUAAGGUAAAACCAAACUUCUCGCCAGUUCAAGAAGUUUGAUUGAACUCGCAACUUUUUUUUUUAACCCUACGUGUUUGCCUGCAGACAACAGCGAGACAUGCGACAGAACUGCAAGGCAGGUAAGAUGCGCAUCUCGUGUCUUCCUGGCCACACCCUCCCCACCUGCCAUCCCCAAAUUGCAUCCAAUUUGGGCAGGGGCAGGAAGGCUUGCCAUGCCUGGCAAGAGGAGGAGAAGACAUGGCAAAAGGAGCGAGCUCUGUCUCGCUCCAUGCGUCUCGCUUCUCCUCUACCCACCUGCCACUGCCCUCAAUAAAGAGCUGGGCACUGUGGAAAAGGGAGCCGGGCGGGCAUGGGCUUUGGGCUCUGGGGCUGCCGGGAGUUGCCCGGCAGAGAGUCAGGAGUAGGGCGGAAGUUUCCAAGCAAUCGCUUCCCCUUUGCCUUCUCUCCCAAAAGUGCUCCUUGGGCACAGUCACUUCUGCAGCAGGAGACUCAUGGCCCACACUGGCCUUCCAAAGGGUAGCAGCAGCUAUCCACAAUUUUUUAACCCUUAUUUCGUCCCAACCCACAUGGCCCAGUACAGUCAGAAUGAAAUAAAGGUAAAAAUAUUGUGGAUAGCUGCUGCUACAGUACUUUUCGGUAGGCUGGCGCUAGGCACAUGGGAUGCAUCACUUGGCCUUCUGUUGCAGAAGUGGCCGCAUUCAAUGGCAAAAGCAGCUGCGCUUGUUGGAGGUGCCGGCCACCCAUGAAUCUGCUGUGAAUGGCAGCCUGAGAGGCUCAGCUGAUCCAAAUAAGAGGCCAAGAAGCCCUGAGGUGACUGGGGAAGGGCAGGGCUGCCUCCUGUGCUGGCCACGCCCACCCUGUCACUAGGGCUUAUUUUUGGGGGAGGGCGUAUAUUUAUGCCCACCCCAAAAAUCAGGCUUGGCCUUAUUUUCGGGAUGUCCUAUUUUUGGGGACACACAGUAGUCCAUUAUUUUUAAUGGAAAUAUAAUCCUAAAGUUUGGGGCCUGAAACCUCAGCAACAGUUUUGUUUUUAUUUUUUUCACAUUUGUACAUGGGAUAGAACAGUGAAAUAAUUCUCUAGGCAUACCUAUGAAUAUUGGUCUGUCUACAGACAAUUCUCUGGCAUUCAUUAGGCUUCCUAUUGCAGCAUAUAUAUUAAAUUUAUUUAUUUAUUUAUUAUUCACAUAUUUAUACCGCCCUUCUCCGAAGAUUCAGGGCGGUGUACAGCAAAUAAAACAACAGUAAUACAAAAACCAUUUAAAAUACCAUAACAAAAUUAAAAAACUUAUUAAACUGCUGUAUACUUAAAACUAUUAGAAUAAAAAUACAAAGAUAAAACCCCUGUUAAAAACCCGCUAAAAUCCCUAAUUAUUAAAAUCAAUCAAUCAGGCCAGACCCGCUUGGUGGAAAAAGAAAGUCUUGAGCUCGCGUUUAAAGGUCCGAAGAUCAGGGAGAAGACGGAGUCCCACCGGCAGCUCGUUCCACACAGCCGGGGCCCCCACAGAGAACGCUCUUCCCCUGGGGGCCGCCAGCCGACAUUGGUUGGCUGACGGCACCCUAAAGAGGCCCUCCCUGUGAGAGCGCACUGGACGCACUGGACAAUGGGAGGGAACUGGUGGCAGCAGGCGGUCCCAUAAAUAUCCCGGUCCGAUGCCAUGGAGCGCUUUAAAGGUGAUAAGCAACACCUUGAAGCGCACCUGGAAGACCACCGGCAACCAAUGCAGCCCGCGCAGGAGAGGUGUUACAUGGGAGCUACGAGGAGCUCCCUCAAUCCCCCGCGCGGCCGCAUUCUGUACCAGUUGGAGCCUACAGAUGCUCUUCAAGGGGAGCCCCAUGUAGAGAGCAUUGCAGUAAUCCAGGCGGGAAGUGACGAGGGCAUGAGUGACUGUGCAUAACAAGUCCUGGUCCAGGAAAGGGCGCAAUUGGCGAAUCAGGCGAACCUGACAAAAAGCUCCCCUGGCGACGGCCGUCAAAUGAUCUUCUAAAGACAGGCGUACGUCCAGGAGAACGCCUAAAUUGCGCACCAAUUCCCUGGGGGCCAACGAUUCGCCCCCCACAGUCAGCAAAGGAGUAAGCUGACUGUGCCGGGCUGCCGGCAUCCACAGCCACUCCGUCUUGGAUGGGUUGAGUCGGAGCCUGUUCGUCCCCAUCCAGACCCAAACGGCUUCAAGACACAGAGUCAUCACAUCGACUGCUUCAUUGGGGUGGUUUAAUAAUCUUAAAACCAUGGUUUCUGAAAUUACUUCAAUUACCCACAAUUUACUCACAGUUAAAUUUUUAUUUGUAAAGAUUAGUAAAAUUAAUGUUGAAGUUUUCAGUAUCUUUAUAAUAGAACUACAGAAGAGUAUCAGAAGAGGCUCAAGGCCAAAUGUAAGGAUUAUCAAUCUGUGGUCUUCAACCUCUUUUUCUGUGCCCUUAAAAGCCUUCUCUAAAUGCACUGUCACAACUUGGAAUGAGGCUAUCAAAUUUACUAUUGUAUAUUCUUACCACAUUGAGACAGGAAACGGUACCCUAAAAUGGCCUUACCUUUUCUUUUAAAAAGAAAAUCUGAAAAUCACAGCCCAGCCUACAUACAUGAUUAAUCCUGCCCAUUUCAGCAAUCCCUCAAAACAUUAAAUGCAGACUAUCAAAAUGUUUUCCAUGUCUCAUUGAAAAUAACAUUCCAAUUCUUAUCUUGCCUCUUUCUUUUUGUCAUUGUUUUUCCCCCCACAAUACCUUGCACCAGGCGAGAUGGUCGCUGACAUCAUCAAUAGAGAGGGCUAUUAAUUUAACAUUUCGCUUGGCAAAUUCUGGUGCUAAUUUUGCUGCUCGACCAAGUUCUGUGGUACACACUGGAGUAAAGUCCCUUGGAUGAGAAAAGAGGAUGCCCCAUCUGAAAGAAAAAGAAUUACAUGGUAAAUAGCAUAAAAGCCUAGUAAGUCAGAGCAGAUUUAAAAAGUUAUUUCAAAGUUUGUUUUCAACUGUGAACAGGUUGACUGAGAGGACUCGGCAUUGAAUAGCAUCUAGGAAGCCUACAGCUUGGAAUAUUUAAAUGAUUCUUCUCCUGAAUUUUACUCCUUUUUCCCUUUUUCUGAUUUUUGAACUCUACAGCUCAGCCAUUUCCAACACAAUGUACCAGAUAAGAAGGGGUUUACAUCCCAUAUCCUGAACAAAGCCCAAUCCUUUGUUUGGUAGGGAUUAUGGGAUCUAAAAUCAAAUUUAUCUAGGGGACACCUGGUUGGAAAAGGCUAGGCCAUCCCAUGGUAGAAUUCUGGAGAGCUAGAAAGCUUAUUAUGCUACUUUAAUAAUUUUAGCAUAUUUUUUCUCCUCAUGUACCAGCAGAGUUCUCUUUGUUCUUUACACUUACGUUUUACUGUCCCUAUUAUGCAACAUGCAGCAUUUCAUUUAGUUCUCAGUCAUGAAUACCUUCUCAAUUGAAGCAUUGCCCAGUGCCAAAGAGAUUAUAACCUUGGCAGGCCUUCAUAGUGUUGCUCCAUUAAUAGCUAAUGCUACCUCCCACCUCUCCAAACUGGUCUGCCUGCAUUUCAAAGGUCUCUUGGUAGAAAUACACAUACCCAGACAUUUUUCACAGUAGAACAAUAUUCCCAAAAUCCUUUGUGCAAGAUCCAGCUUUUGUUUGACAAUGUAUGAGCAAUGGUUAAGUCAAAUUUGAAUAGAGCAGCCAGUUUCAAUAAAAGUGGAGAUUGCACAAUUACAUACUGUAUAUGCUACAGUUGCAAACUAACUGUUUCCUUUUUGUUACUUUUUAGAAAUUAAGCAUAAUGGAAUCAAAAAUGUUCACGAGGUAAUCUUUUUUUUAGGAGCUGUGGGAUCAUUUGAUACAAAAUAUUGAAAAUUCUACACAUUGUUAUAUAAUCCAUAUGAGAAAAAAUAUAUUUCAAGUUUAAUAAGUCUUAAUGCUUAAUUUAUGUCUACAAUUUCUGUCUUGGUAAUUUUUGAUUUACUCUGAUGUGUGAACCAACCAAGCAAAAAAUGUUAUGAGUUAGCAAAUGGUUUAGCAAAUAGUAAUUCAAAUGAAGAAGACCUGAUUAUAGCUUAUUCAGAUGCAUGAACUCAAUUUAAAGUUACACAGAGGUCAUUCAUAUUAUCAAGGAUUUGUUAAAUUAAAGAGUAACUGUUAAAAAGGCAAUGGUAAUAUAAUUUCCAUUCUAUACAUUUGUCAUCAUUCUGAGAUUACUUUAGAUUGUUACAAAUAUUUAUGGCUGUGUGGAUGACAAAAGCUGCUGUAAUACCAUAAAUGUUGCAGAUAGUAGUACUGUAAUUUGGAUGCUCAAGCAGAAAAGUAGCAAUGGUAAAACAAAUUUGGAAACCCUUAAUAGAUCACUGGGAAAGCUGCCUGGGAAAGCCAAGAAAAAUCAUCAAACCAUAAAAAAGCAAAAGUUAGAAAAUUUUGGACAUGUGAUGCGACACCCGGAAAAAUAUGGCAUAUUUCACUUAAUCCUCCAAGGAAAGAUUGAAGGCAAAUGAGGUCCAGACAGAAGAACAUCAUCAUGGCUAAGGGACUGGUUUGGACAAAAGUCAACAGCACUUUUUCGUGUCGCUGUUGAUAAAAAUAGGAUUGCCAACAUCCAAUGAUGGAUAUAGCAGAAAAAGAAGAAUGUUGGGUUCUGCAUGCAUACUACAUUAUAAAAUAACUGCUGACAGUUGUUUUAAUAUUAUCAUCAAACAUACGAAAGUCAGAUGAAGAUGUAAAUUACAUUCACAUGCAGAAUUUAUGUCAGCCAAUAUACGAAACCUUUUUUAUCCUCUUGCAAUCGUAACAGAAUAACAUAGUUGGAAGGGACCUUGGAGAUCUUCUAGUCAACCCCGUGCUCAAGCAGAAAACCUUAUACCAUUUCAGACAAAUUAUUGUCCAAACUUUUCUUUAAAACCUCCAGUGUUGGAACACCCACAAUUUCUGGAGGCAAGUUGCUCCACUGAUUAAUUGUUGUCAGGAAAUUUCUGCUUAGUUCUAAAUUGCUUCUCAUGAAUUUCCAUGUGAAUUUGCUUAGCAGAUGGAUAUUCACAUUCAUUCUUCUUCAUUCCUGAAUUUAAUAUAUUCUAUCCUGUAGUUUGGCCAAUUGCAAAGAUUCAUUUUGUAUUCUAGUGUUUUCUAAUUUGAUAUCCUCCAUAUAUAUCAAAUUUCAUCUUCUGAAACUCUCACCCACCUUAUCCUUUUCACAUUGGCUAAGAACUCUGGGUGCUGAAUGCCUAGUACUCUGGAAGUUGCCAAACUGGACUCUAGUCAAGCAGCUGCUACAGGGAAAACAAAACUUAUUGAGCAACAGGAAUCUACCCUUUGCUCUUUUGUCUGCACUUCCGAGAAUGAAAUGACUUGUUUCAGAGUUGCAAUUUAAUGUUAACCCAAGUGAUUAUAUCACUGAUUUAAAGAAAGCAGAGUUUUGCAUUUCCACUAUAAUGAACAAUGUUUGUAUUUUAUGUACUUCCAGAGUAAUCACCUUAUUAUAUUGGAGAAGCAUAAAUAUAUUGUUUUUUAUAAAUCUAGUUAUAAAACUAUUCCAAAAGCUAUCAUUAUAUAUUUCUUACCUAAUGAUUAAUAUAACCUUGAAAAUGACUGCAGUUUUCAUUAAUCAAAAGAAUAUACCCAUAUAAAUGUAUGGGUCUAAGUUAGAAUGUUCUAACACUAUUGUAACAUUGCUGCUCAAAUGAAAAAGACAAUUCCAGCUCCUAAUCCUUACAGGCUUUGCUAUUGGUCCAAAUUGAGUCAUUUCAAUGAAUUCAUUGUGGUAUGCCUUUAAUAUAGGAAAACUGAUCAAUUUGAAUUUUGCUCAUUACCAGACAUAAGUAUGUACCAGCAUUUCUUUUAAGCCUCCAAUCUAUCUUUUAACAGCUAUCCAAUUAGAAGUCAUCAACUGCUGUUUCCUGAUUUGCUCAAACCAUGGUUAGCAGCUUUGAAAAAAUCCAUACAUCAGAAAUUAUAACCAGGUUUCUGGGCCAGGCAAAUAAAAAAAUGGUUAUUACAAGGCUUGAUAGGACUGUGUGUGUGCUAUAACCAAAACUUGCCACAGAUUAUUAAAUUGUGAUUUUUUAAAUAAAUCCAAAAUGGUCAUCAGAUUACAUAGUAAAUUUAUAUCAUUCAUUACCUUAACUAGGAAGUGAGGAGCAAACUGGCAGCAUUUUUGCUAACUGGACCUUUUGGGUUAGCACAGGUGUUUUCACAAAAGGGUAUGAAACUAAAGGGCAUUCAUUUUUUAAAGGAUCUACAUCUUUUCCUGGGAUGCAUGGAUGAAUCCAAAGAAAAGAUAGUCUACUUUUAAAAAGUUAUAGUAACUGUUAUGUUCUCCCUUGCUUUUGAAAUUGAAUCGGAAGCACUGCACAAGCCUAAUGUAUAUGUAACACUACCUUCUCAAAUAGAUUAUGAUCCAAAACUUAAUAUAUUCAUUAAGCUCAUACAGUAAAAGAAACCAAUUUAGACCUAAUUGGGACCUACAAAAUCAACAUACCCAAUGUAAUUAAAGUAUUCUUAGUACUUUCCCCAGAUUCCAAAGAAAAGCUGCUCAUCUCUAAACACAACAGGAGUAGACAACAAUACCACAAUUCUUCCUUGUCCUAUGGGAUUUUUUUAAAAAAAAAACUCAGUUAAAGAGAGCCUCUCUUUCUAGCAUUAUCUUUAUUUACAGGAAUAGGGCUCUGAGAGUUUUGUAGAACAUAAAAAUAAGGCAGGUGUUUGACCAGUGCUUUCCUAGAAAUCUAUCAAUUCACUCAAGAAAAAAGAACAAAAAAAUUAAGAGAACACUUUGUAGACUGGGAAGUGGCUGGGAAAUAAUCUUGCUAGUUUGCCUUCUAAUAAAUGGCUGUUCUGCAACUGACCACAAUUACCAUGGCAACUACUUAAUGAAGAGGCAUUCCCUCCCUACAGCAAUCAUUAUGUAAGAGGUUCUCCAACAUUCUCAAAAUCCCCAAUGUGCCUCCAAUAAUUCAAAGAGCUUGCCUACUUUGGGUCAACAGUAAUUGUGAUAUUAUACAGUACAUUCUAAAUGUGACUAAGCACACAGCAUGUACAGUAGCUGUACUUCAUGCUACAGAAGACAUUUAAUUAGAAGGAUAGAAGAAUAAAGGUUAAAUUAAGAAGCUCCGAAGAUCCCAAGCUAAGAACACUGUACCCACUUACCAAAAGCACAGCACAGGGAAACUUUGCCAAGGACUACCUGAUCCACCAUUCAGUUCGUUUUUGUGGACAAAACGUUUUAGAAAAUUCAAAAGGAUGUGAACAAUUUCUCAACAGAUAUUCUCAGUAACUUAUUCAAAAGGUUUCUGAGAAUAUAGAGCUAGUUGCUAUAUUAACUCUUUUGAAAGCCACAUUUUGUGACAAUAAAUGCACCAAGACAAAUUCCUUGUGUGUCCAAUCACAAUUGGCCAAUACAAAUUCUAUUCCUAUUCUAUUAAUAUUGUACAAUAAGCAACCUAUGCAAUGCAGGCAUGAUUUCCUCUUGAACUUUCUUUCCACCAAUUUCAAUGGAACUUUGUAUUCCAGCCUUAGGAAGGAAAAAUUAAAGGCCACUUUUCACAUUGUACAUAUUUGAAUAAACAAUUUAUUAUUCUAUUGCUAGAACUCUUUAUAUUCUACCUUUCAUGUAGGUUAUAAGCCAUACAGAAGAUAAUUAUUAAAGGCACAACGAUUCUGUUUCGGGGAACGAAGAGGGAACAGAGUCUUUGCCUUUUUUUUCCUUUGCCUUUCCCGAACCUCGUUGGAGUUAAUUAGCCAAGAAGAAAUAUCCCCGUCCUCCACCCAAGACAGUUAUUUACGGUUUCCACGAAGAUGCCGCAGCCCUUUUAAUUGCUCUGGAGUCGUUGAUUACCUUGGUAGCCCCCUUUUCCCGGCCGCGGUAGCGGCUCUACGCCGACUCUCCCACCAAUGAAAGGAGCAAAGCGUCUAUGGCACUCUAGGGCAAAGCGGCCCUACCAAGCGAGGACCACCGAAUAGAGCAACCCUAUUACGCGCACCCAGUGGCCGCGGUCGCCCCUCGU